AUGCACACCAACAAUCCCUACGCCCAAGCAGGAUGGUUCAAUCCUGACAAUGCAGACUCUAUCAAUAAUACUGCUUGGUCGCCCGCCAACCCACCUCAGGCCUCGAUCUACGGGGCCCUUCCGUUCCCCCCGCCUCCCACUCAACAAUCCGCCUACAGCUUUACCUUUUCCUAUAGACAUUCGAUUCUCAACAGUACGAUCACUGGACCUAAUGACCGACCGUACUUUCGUGUCGUCAAUGACUCGCCUUCUCAAGGCAAAACCGUCAUUCAAAAUCACGAAGGACACAACUUCACGAUCAUAGAAUGGAAAAGCCACCCUGUCGUAGAGAUACGGGAGCUUCUGGACAAACAGACCGUCGCAUCCUGGCUGCCGUUGAGCUCAGACAAAACUCAGCGCGCAAUGUUCGCCCGAGGCAAAUGGUAUUCAUGGGUGCCAUACGAAAAUACCAUCUGUCUCUUCACGGCGACUUACGGCUCCACGCCCCCUUCGCCAAUUGCGAAAAUCUUGCGAGGAGACAGGACCGUGACUCUCGACAUAACAGGCCAAGCUAUCCAAAUUGGUUUGCUUGAGAUUUGCAUAGUAGCAACAGUAUUGUUGCAGUCUGAACGCAACAUCGACUAA